GCAGGGGUCACGGCGGCUGCCGGGGCUUCUUCCAAAGUUGGGGUGGGGAUGCUGAGUCACUGAUCUGUCACUACUUUGCACCUCUCCUCAGCCCUCCGGGGGCUAAAGCAAAAGCGAAAGCGAAUGCGUCUGGCGGGCGGCCGGUCCUGGAGCUGCGCUCGCCACUUUCCCGAGGCCGGGGCAUUGCACUCGCGGCUGUCCUGGGGGGUCCUGGGGGGGCACCGCGGGCCGCGCGGCCAUGGCCCGGCGGCGGUUCCUAGGCUCUGGAGUACACGCCCUCCGUGGACUACUGCUGCUGCUGCUGCUCCGGCUGCCGGUGACGCCGGGCACCACGUGCCCUACCCCCAUGUCUGUUGAACAUGCAGAUAUCCGGGUCAAGAGUUACACCUUGAACUCCAGGGAGCGGUACGUUUGUAACUCUGGUUUUAGGCGGAAGGCCGGCACAUCCAGCCUCACUGAGUGUGUGUUGAACAAGACCACGAACACCGCCCACUGGACUAUGCCCAGUCUCAAGUGCAUCAGAGACCCCUCCCUGACUCACCAAAGGCCAGUGCCAGUGCCACACUCCACAGUAGUGACGGCAAGGGUGACCCCACAGCCAGAGAGCCCCUCCCCUUCUGGAAAAGAGCCAGCAGUUUUAUCUCCCAAGUCAGAUACCACAGUGGCCAUAGAGACAGCUAUGGUACCAGGCUCCCAGUCGAUGCCAUCCCAACCAACCUCCUCAGGAACCACAAGCGUAGGCAGCCAUGAGUCCUCCCAAGCCCCAUCCCAGACUACAGCAAAGACCUUGGAACUUACACCCUCAAACUCCCACGAGACACCAGAUGCUUCUUCAUACAGCUCCAGAGAGACCACUGUGAUCAUCUCCACAUCUGUCACACUUUCUGUAGUGUUUGUGGUGUCUGCCCUGGUGACCUGCAUCAAAUUAAGGCGAAUUUUCCAGCCAACUGCUGUUGAAAUGGAGAAUUUGGAAGCGAUGCCAAUGACUAGGGGGAGCAGCAGCAGAGAGGAAGACCAGAGAAACUACCCGCAAAACUCUGAAACUCCUGGAAAUCAGCCCAGCAAAGGAUGGAGCCAAGGAGCCAGCUCUAUUGUAGCUCAAGAGGGCCUGGAAGAUAUACAAGGAGCUGGGCAUCAGGAAAAAGCCCACCAAGAUCAUCAAAUGUGAUGACCCAUAUGGACUGUGCCUGGGUGCCUCUUGUCUUAGUGAGUAGGUUCUCCAGCACUCAGAUGGACACCACUCAGGGACCCAGGGGCCUGCUUCCCAAACUCUCAGCUGCUGAAUCUCUCCUGGGAGGCCAAAGGCUCCAGGAAGCUGCUGGUUUCACUUACACUGACUCAGGACAGCUUCUCCGCUGGACCAUCUAUUCUGUCCCUAUUCUGACUUGUAGUUUACAGAGGACAGGAGUCAACCUGAGGCUCUCAAUUCAUCCCAYGGCUCCUCCUGGAUUGGGAGAUAUCUGCAGGGAAGACUCCAGCAUUUGUGCUCCUAACAAUCCUGUCUCCAGUGCUCUGUGUUCACUGAAGGGGAGCAAGGGAAGGCAGAACAGAUUCAGAGAGAAAUCUGAACCCAGUGACAUUUUACAUAUUCAUAUUUAUACUUCCUUGUAUAUUAUACCUACAUAUUAUAUAUGAUUUGUAUUUUGAAAGUGUGCUUUGUAUAGAUAAAAUAAAAUAUCUAUUUUCAAUAUAAAAAAUGCACUGAAAGAAUCACCAACAAGAAAUGUUCCACAAAGGAAGGAAGAAGACAAAGAAUGGGAAUGCAAAGUCCCAAAUGAGUGAGCUCAAGUUUUCUUUGUGUGUUGUUAUUUUAUUUCUGUUUAUUCAUUUAUUCUGGUAUUGGGAUUGAUCUCAGCUAUAUCCCCAGCCCUUUAAAGACAGACUCUCACAAAGUUGCUCAGGCCUCUCUAAAUUGCUGAKUCUGGCUCUGAACUUGCAAUCCUCCUGCCUCAGCCUCCUGAGCCACUGUGAUUACAGGCAUACACCACCACACCCAGCAAAACUUUUUUAUUUUUAGGUGGAAAAAGGAUAUAGUGUUUCUUAGGACUUGGAAGUUAAACUUUCAGCUAGAUGUCCUUAUCUAGCUAUAGAUCUAAAAAAUUCACACUUCCCCCUCUUGCUCUGCACAAUAUUUGCUAUGAAGAAAAGUGAUUCCUCAUCAAUUCCCAUUUAUCUUGAUUUUCCUUGAUCAAAAAAUAAAACUCUUGGGCUGGGGAUGUGGCUCAAGUGGUAGCGCGUUCGCCUGGCAUGAC